GUCGAUAUUCUUGUUGAUAUAUGAACAUGCAGACAGCGGAGCAUGUUGCCGGGUUAAAAGCUGAUUUGUCCAAAUCUUGCGGGACGUUUCGUGUUCUUGUUGGCGUGACGGGAAGCGUUGCUGCCCUGAAGCUGCCUCUGGUGGUGUCCCAGCUGCUUGAGCUGCCCGGGGUGGAUGUAAGAGUAGUCACCACGGAGCAUGCCAAGCACUUCUACAAUUCUGCAGAGGUUUCAGUAAAAAUCUACACUGACAAGGAUGAGUGGGAGCUGUGGACUCAGAGAACUGAUCCUGUGUUGCACAUUGAGCUCAGGCGCUGGGCAGACCUACUUGUCAUUGCCCCGCUUGAUGCCAACACUCUUGGAAAGAUUGCAAAUGGAAUUUGUGACAAUCUCCUGACUUGUGUGGUAAGAGCCUGGGAUACCAGUCGCCCUCUCCUCUUCUGUCCUGCAAUGAAUACAGCUAUGUGGCAGCAUCCCAUCACAGCCCAGCAGGUAUCCAGGCUCACAGAGUUUGGAUAUGUGGAAAUCCCCUGCAUUGCUAAAAAGCUAGUAUGUGGAGAUGAAGGUAAAGGGGCCAUGGCAGAGGUAUCGACUAUUGUCAGUGUUGUCAAUCAGUAUCUACAGGACCCAGAUGAACAUCCCUGAAAACAUGCACAUAACAUUGUAUUGUACAUUCAGCUGGCACCAAUACAAAUAGAAAAAUAAUCAUAAUGACUUGUUCUCAAAAUGAGAUUGUGUCCGAAGCUCCAAGGCCCUACACACCCAUGAAAAACUCACAUAGUUAUUUUCAUACAUUCUUGUUGGGUUUGCUGGGGUGUAUAGACCAUCAUUGACUGGCAUCUUCGUGACUCAUCUGUUAGUUUUGUUUCAGGGCAACAUGCAAAUGUGUGAAAGUGUGUUCCUGUUGCAGCAUUUCAUUAGUUGCAUUUCAUCAAGCGUAGGUAAAUAGGUUGAAAAAUGCUGUUCAUUUGAUUUGUCAAAUUACUGUAUGAAUAAAAAAUAAGGUCAAAUAUCCUAUCUUUAAAAAAAAAAAAGGUCAUAGUGAUUCCUGCACUGUGACACUGGAAUUGUUUUUGUGUCUUUGUGUCAUACGUAACACACCAACAUUCUAAAAAUACUGUCAGUGUCAAAGAUGAAAUAAAUUUGGUUAAAAAA